AUGGAUUGUUGCACGGAUCAAAAGCCAAUCAUCCUGGCCAGUGGUGAAACCUUGAUCCCAACGGCCAGCAUGACGACCCAAACAAUUACAACUAGCAUCAGCGGUACCACGAUUGCUUCGAUUCUCAGCAAUGACGAUGCUGCUACCGCUGCUGAUGAUGACGAAGAGGAAGAAGACGAUGAUGGUGAUGACAAUGCCACAGUGGCCGCUGAAGGCGAAAUUGGUCAUCUGCAAAGGCUGCCAGUUGCCAAUUACAGGACAAUUCAUGCUAAAGGUAAGCACAACGAUGCUAAAAGCAAAAUUAGGUGUGUUACUACGUGA